ACUUUGAUUAUUGAUUAUUGAUAUUGAAGCUUCUUUUUAAAUAUUCUCUAUUCUCAUCUCCUUCUUCUUCUUUCCAUCUCAUCCCUAAUACGAUCUACAUCACUUACCCAUUUGAAUUUCGCAAUAAAUUUGUUUGAUUGUUCGUUUGUUAGUCCCACGUGUGAGCCUGGUUUUCACCUGAGGGAGAGUAUAAAGAGAGAUUGUAUCCCAUAUUGAAUGAUUAGGAUCAUCCAAGGUGAGUUUGUAUAGUGAGAGGGCCUCUCCUCUUGUGACCAAUUGGAUUUGAGUUGGAUGAUUUAUGAUUAAAAGCAUACGAGAUCAUUUGUGCUUUUAGCUUUCUCUCUUUCAUUUUGUUGCAUCUUGAAUUGAAUAGAGUAUGAGGGAUCUACACUCCGUGGAUGUGAGAUUCUUGUUGCAUAGUUAGCUUCUUAGACCACUUUGGAAUUUGUUAAGCUCCUUUUAAAAGAUCUGCCAAAAACUGUGAUACUUAACAUAAUAUGUGAUUAAAAGCAUAAGGGAUUGUUUGUGCUUUUACCUUUUUUCCUGUCAUUUUUUAGUAACAUCUUUACUUGGACUCUGAGCUGUUAAGCCAAUAAUAAGAGAUUUGCUGGUGUAUUUUGAUAUUCAAAAUGAAAAUUGCAGGCUAAUUGUUAGUUUUCAUAGGCUACAGGCUGAACAAGAAAGACUAGAAAGAAUAGGUCCAAUAGCAUACUACUCGGAAUGGGUAAAAGCAUGGAAGAGAGACACUUCACGUGAAGCUGUUCAAAAACAUUUUGAAGAGACUGGGGAAGAUGAGAACACCCAACUCAUUGAAAUGUUCACACAUCAAACUGAUCGGGAGUACCGCAUAAUGAUGGGGACUGAUAUUCGUAUCCGCAGGGAUCCAUUGGCAAUGCGAAUGCGGGAGGAUCAAAUAAAGCAAAUAUGGGGUGGAGAUCCAGUUUACCCAACUAUUAACUACAUUCAAGAUCCAAAUGAGGUGAUUGAUUUCCGGGGUCCAGAUUUUCACGAACCCACACCAAAUAUGCUGGCUUAUCUUAAAGAGCAUGGCAAAUUAAUAUCAAGAGAUGAGCUUGAGAAAAUCCUGGCCAAAGAGAAGACGGAAGAACUUGAGGUAACAGAUAUGGAUGAAGCUAUGGCACGAGCUGUUGAUAUUGGCGAAAAUGAUGAUGAAGGAGAGGACAGUGAGGUUGAUGGUGAUGAUGAAGAUGAGAAAAUCACCCGGAACUGGAGUGUUCUAAAAAGUACUCCUGAGCUUCGGAAGUCAAAGGGACAACCUAAGAAGGAUGACAUGUCUCUAGGAGAAGCAGUAGAUGACUCCGAGAAUUUAACUGAUUUUCUUUUGGACUUUGAGGAAAAUGAGUGAUGUAUCUCGCCUUGUGAACUUUUUGAGAAUAGGGAUAUGGGUCCAUUCCGAUGGCUGAAGGUGUACAGCUGCAAAUUGGUUCUUGCUUCUAUGGGAAAGGUACUCUGUUUAUAUGUGGGAUUCUUGAGAACUAUAACUGUUUUUUCAAUUGGUUAGACGAGAUAAUUGCGAGUUUAGUCGUGCUUUGCCUCUGCUGCAUGUGCCAAUUGCACCUGGAAAGAAUUGUUACUGGGAGGGAGGCUCAUGAUUUGUUGGAACUUCAAGAGAAUUUUAUUUUCUUCACUCUCCCCUCAGAAUGUUUCUGGGAAAGUUUAACCCCUGUUGUAGUAACUGAACAGUGAACAGCGAACAGCUACUCUUAAGAAUACAAUUGCUAGAGGUUUUCAUUGCUUGAUGGAAGUUGGUUUUCUUGUGGUAGAAACAGUUUAUAUUAUUGUGGUAAUAAUUUAAAAAUGAAUGUAUGUACAGUGCAACUGUACAUACUUAAAUUGCCACUUUGAGCCUGUACUUCGAUAAACU